AUGUUUCUAGAAUCUGAACGGAUUAUGAACGCUUUUGGGCAGCAGCCGUCGAAUCAGCAACCAAGUCCUCUACCAAAUCAUACCGCGCAGGACAUAUUGGACAUGGCUGUGUACUGUGACAACUUCGGCGUGUACCACCAACAGAACCUACACCACCAUUCGCAGAGGCCACCUGUGCAUCCUCCGAGCUACGGGCUUGGCGAGUAUACGUCGCCCAGUACGAACCCUUACCUCUGGCUGAACGGGCCGAGUAUUAACUCUUCGCCUUAUCUAUCAGGCACAAACGGAGCGUCUUACAUUCAGUCGGGAUACGGUGGCAGUCAGCGGCAGUUCUUGCCACCUUCUGCUGGCUUCGGAGGAGCCGAUCUGGGGUGGCUGACCAUCUCGAGCCAGCAAGAACUUUUCAAAAUGGUCAGACCUCCGUAUUCGUACUCGGCCUUGAUUGCGAUGGCGAUUCAGAAUGCCCAAGACAAGAAACUUACUCUUAGUCAAAUUUAUCAGUACGUUGCUGAGAACUUUCCGUUUUAUAAAAAGAGCAAAGCAGGCUGGCAGAAUUCAAUCAGACAUAACCUGUCAUUGAAUGACUGUUUUAAGAAAGUUGCACGGGAUGAGGAUGACCCUGGUAAAGGGAAUUAUUGGACCCUCGACCCAAACUGUGAGAAAAUGUUCGAUAAUGGAAACUUCAGGAGAAAGAGAAAGCGACGGGCCGACGUCAGUAAUGGGACCACCAAUGUCGUGUCAGUUAAAUCGGAGGAUGUGAGCGCACUGAAACUAGCGGACACCGCCAGCAUCAUGAGCCCGUCUACACACAGCCUCCAGAAUUCACCCAGCUCCAGCGAACCCAAAUCCUCGCCACCACCGUCGGCGGAUCAUAGCCCGUGCUUCAACAACUUUGUCAGUAAUAUGAACUCCGUAAUGGCUGGGAACAGAGCACGGGACCUCAGUGCGGGACUGGUGGGGGAUCUGAUGCAAAGCCGCGAGAGCUUGCCCGGACUUAGCCCGUAUUCCCCCAGCCCGACUGCGCCCAUGACUGAUGCAGGCCACAUCAACCAUGACAGACUGACCUACUACACAGCUGGCCAUAAUGGUAGUGUCUUCAGCAGUUCAAUUUCAAAUCACUUUAGUGUGAACAAUUUAAUAUACAGCCGUGAAGGAACAGAGGUUUAG